AUGUCCGAUAUUAUCAGAGAACCACGACUAGAAGCAACCAAAUUCUUCAAGUAUCAGAUAGACAAGAAUGCACGUUGCAUUCACGAAUUUUUUAAGAGAGUCUCUGCCUCACAAUGGUCACUAAGUGCCUUUGUCAAGUAUAUUGCUAAGUUGGAGACUGGGCUGGAUUUUGAACAACUCUUCAAAGUGUUUGUUGAAAGUUUGGAUCAAAUUUGUGUGUUACUCGUUGUUCCAGUUUGUGUUCGAGCAUUUGCUCAAAGCUAUUUGAAAUGGCUGGAGGCAAUGGUAAAUGAAUGCAGAGAAUAUUUUUUCGCUAAAGUGACGUUGCAGGAAAAAACUGAACUAAAAGACAUAUUCAAAGAUAUGGUGAAUGUUACUGCGCAAGCGGAGGCAUACCGCGCAUAUAUCACUGCACCGGCUGUGCCAACAAAGUCAAGCGGGACAGAUGUUCAAGAAAGGCACAAUGAUAAGGUAGACGAAGAAUUAAUAGAAGUUUCUAAAGAGAAAAAGCAAAAAGAUGAGGAUGAUGUGACAGUCGUGACAUCGACGCCACCCACAAAAAGGUCUAGAUCACGUUAUGAAUCAUUGUACUCGCCAUUCCUAUCUGAAGUGGAAGAAUUACCUUCACUGGCAACUGAUUCAGUUUUUAAUGAUGACAACUAUGAAAGGGAUGUUCCUCAAUUAUCUGAUGACUAUAGUGAAGAAAACGAAAAGCCAAUAAUAGAAGAUUUAUCUGAUGACUAUAGUGAAAAAAACAAAAAGCCAAUAAUAGAAGAUCAAAAUAAUGUUAUCUCUCCUUUGUGUGUGGUACAAGAAACUUCGGAAAAUGAAAUAGUUGUAUUUUUCACACAACAAAAAAUGUCUUCUCACCUUUCACAGAUCUGUACAAUUAGUACCGCCAAUAAGAUGGAAGUGAAAUCAACCUGUAAUGAUAAUAACGAAGAAUUAUCAUUGUUUCCUCCUAAUCAGGAACUAGAAGACACAGAAACGAUUCUCCCGAUAAUUGUAAAUAAGGAUGGAGAUAUCAUGACUGACACAAAAAUGAUGCAUGACAGGUAUCUAAGAAUAUGUCGGGAUCUAUGUGACUAUUCUUCACAGAAGGAUUUUAUUGAGGACUACAAUGUUUUGAACGGAUUUCGCAAAUAUCAAAUUAGUAAUAUUAACAAACUAGUAGCUGGCGAAACUUUUAAUUUUGCAUCAAGCAGUGAGGCAAUUUUGAAACAAACUCCACCCAGUUUUCUCGGAGAAAUAAUGGAUGAAUAUAAAGUGGAGAUAAAUGAUAUAGAUGAGUUUCAUUUCAAGUUUUAUGAUAUGUGGGGGAAAUAUCGUGACAUAGUCAUUUAUUCGGUUAAUGAGAGGCGUUUGUUUGAAGCUAUCCAAGCAGUUGUACAUGUAUUGGCAAACACCAAAAGUCUAUCUUCAAAAGAGCAUCGAGCGACUUACAAACAUUCCAAAGGCAGAAAACCAAACAUUACAAUAUAUCAAGUUAUGAAAAAAGACGAAAAGGAAGAAACAUAUAAAGUUGAAUAUGAAAAACAUGCUUCAUAG